AUGGGUGAUGGCCCUGAGGAACAAGUUCCAACAACACAAGAAAAAAAGCUACAAAACUGCUCGGAGGAAAUGCUAAUUCGAAAGAAACGCUGUCUGCCAAAGCAAAUGCAGGCACCAUCUGAAGAAGUGGCAAACAACAAAUUGUGCCGUCUUUUUGACUGCAGCCAUCUUACUACAUAUGGAGAAACCGUUGAGUCCUUGCAAAUUCAUAACGAAAGGCUCCAGAAUAAUGCAGCCUGCCACGAUAAAGCAACAGGAAGGCCAAGGUUGCGGGCAACAGCACUGGACAGGCAUAAAGAGCUUCGCAGCCUCACCCUGUCGGAUGCUCUUUUACUGUUUCCAUUUCUUGGAACUGAGGCAUUGGAACAAGCCCUGCUCACACCUUGCCUUGUGGAGAAAGAAGGACUUACUCUACACAUUGACGGGGAGCCCGUUUUGAGUGUGCCAUCACUUCUUGCAGGAAUGGCGUGCCUGUUUCCAUCGUUUUGGGUUGGCUACUUGCUCUAA